AUGAAUAGUUUCAUCCAGAUUGGAAACAUGAAGCAAACCGUGGUUUUAGCCCUGAUCUUCGUUUGUGCUCUCUGCCUCUCUGAAGCCAUCCCGAAAACGAAGACAGUGCUGAACAGGAUCGGCAAGAAAUGGUUCAGGGCAUCAAUCCCCAAGUGUGAAUCGCGGUGGCAGAAAUGCGUCCACCUCAAAGGGGAAUACGUAGAGAAGGAAAAGAAGGAAGAGGAGGUGGAAAACGAGGACAACAUGGUGGAGAGAAAAGUGAUGAAGAAGGCAAAGGAGAGGAAAGUGAUGAAAAAGGUAAAGGAGGGGAAAGUGAUGAAAAAGGUAAAGGAGGCAAAGGAGAGGAAAGUGAUGAAGGAGAAGGAGGACGAGGCGAACGAGGAGGUGGAAAACGAGGAGGACGACGCGGUGGAGAUGAUGAAGGCGAAGGUGGACGCGGAGGACGAGGAGGUGGAGAUGAUGAUGAUGAAGGUGAAGGUGGACGAGGAGGACGAGAGG